AUGAACCCAGAAAUAGUCGAAAAAUUUCUGGACCUCCAGAAUACGAGCGACCUGAGGAAAGUGGAUGUGAAAAAACUUCGUGCAGAUUUCCUAUCGUCUUCUAAAGUGAUGGGCGAAGAAGAAAUUACGUAUGACACAGCCCUGCGUGUGCUGCAAAGGCUCCAGGAGAAAAAGAUUUUGCAGAAGAAAAUAUUAAACAAGCAAGGGGACAAAAUACAACCCUGUCGCACACCAACUGUAGUCUGGAACCACUCCAUGGCUGGAGCCAAAGAAGAGCUUGCUGAUCUCACCACAAGGCUGGACACAGUUUCGAGGAAGUACGGUAUGGAGAUAAGUGCGGAAAAGAGCAAGACGAUGGUUACGUCGAGAACAGGUGAUAAAGAGAGAGCCGCUGAUGUUCAGAUCAAAGUUGGAGAUGCUGAACUAGAGGAAAUACAGAGUUUUAAGUACCUUGGCUCUACAUUGAAUGAGAGUGUUACGUCAGAGACUGAGAUAAAGAAAAGACUAGCAAUUGCUACCAACCAAUUUGCUAAGUUGUACAGAAUCUGGAGCUCAAGUGCAAUAUCCACCGCAGUCAAGAUUCGGCUGUUGAAAUCUCUCAUCACUUCAAUUGCCCCGUAUGGAUGCGAAGCAUGGACCCACAGCAAAGCACUGGAAAAGCGAAUAUCUGCUUUUGAGCUCCGCUGCUUCAGAAGAGUACUUGGGAUCACGUGGAGGCAGAAAAUCACCAAUGUUGAAGUCAGAAGGAGGAUCACCAACGAAAUCGGUACCUUCGAGCCUCUGUUGGAGACGGCAAGGAGGAGGAAAUUGCAAUGGUUCGGUCACACCAGUAGGGAGAUAGGGACUCUUGCAUUCGACGUCAUGCAUGUAGGUGUUGAGGGAAGUAGAGGGAGAGGACGACUGAGGAGAUCGUGGCUGUCGGACAUCGGAGAGUGGCCGGGGAGGAGCGUGGUGGGUUGUCUCAGGGAAGCGCAGGACCGUGGGCGGUGGCGGAGAAUUGUGUACUUGUCAAAGUGCCCCAACGGCCAUCAGGCUACGGGAGUGACCUGA